GAGAUCGAGCUGCUGCUGCGCCCACCCGAUCUCGCCCGCCAUUCCCACCCCCGAUGCGAUCUCGCCGCCAAACCCUAGCAGCGAUCCCGCGCGCCACCAGCAGCACCGCCGCCACCCCGCCGCGGCCGCGGCCCUCGCCGGAGUCCUCCUAGCCCCGGGCGUUGACGCCGACACCUGCCCGCUCCCGCGCGCGAUAGACUAGCUGCAGCUCGGCGCUGCUCCUGCUGCUUCGUAGAGCUUCUCCUCCCUGCUCGCCUCGGAGGCGGGGCCGGCGAUGGGGGCAGCGGACAAGUGGCUGCUGCCGCUGGUGUCCGUCUCCUUCGUCUCGCUCAUGCUCUUCCUCUCGGCGCUCUCGGGCUACUCGGCCUCCUCCGCGCUCUUCGCGCGCCUCCCGCCGCCCUCCUACGUGCGCCGCGGGGCCGCCGCGCCCCCCUCCUUCGCGUACCUGCUCUCGGGCGGCCGCGGCGACGGCCGCAGGCUCCUGCGCCUGCUCCUCGCCGUCUACCACCCCCGGAACCAGUACCUGCUCCACCUCUCCGCGGACGCGCCCGAGUCCGAGCGCCUCGAGCUCGCCGCGGCCGUCGCGCGGGCCGCACCCGCAAUCACAGCCUUCGGGAACGUCGACGUCGUCGGCCGCCCCGCCGCCGGCACCCCCAUGGGCUCCUCCGGCCUCGCCGCCACGCUCCGCGCCGCCGCCGCCCUGCUCCGGCUCGACGCCGAGUGGGACUGGUUCGUCACGCUCAGCGCCGCCGAUUACCCCCUCCUCACCCAGGACGACCUGGUUCAUGUCUUCUCGUCUGUGCCAAGGCACCUCAACUUCAUCGAUCACACUAGUGAUAUUGGAUGGAAAGAGUCUCAGAGAGUGCAACCAGUCAUAGUAGAUGCUGGGAUAUACCUGGCUGGCAGGAAUCAGUUCUUCCAAUCCACAGAGAAACGGGCAACCCCAGAUGGUUUCAAAUUCUUCACAGGUUCUCCUUGGGUCAUUCUGAAUCGGAGGUUUAUAGAGUACUGCAUUUUCGGAUGGGAGAACCUCCCUCGGACCCUUCUCAUGUACUUCACGAACGUGAUGUUGCCUCUGGAAGGUUAUUUCCACUCAGUCGCAUGCAACUCGGACUUCCGUAACUUCACGGUGAACAAUGACUUGCGGUACGUGGCAUGGGACGACCCACCUCAGAUGGAACCCCGGUUUCUAAACAUUACACAUUAUGAGGAGAUUGUGGAGAGCGGAGUGCCCUUUGCUAGGAAGUUCCGAGAGAAAGAGCAUCUGUUGGACAGGAUUGAUGAGAAAAUACUCCAGCGAUGGCGUCACAGACCUGUUCCCGGAGCGUGGUGCACAGGCAGGAAGAGGUGGUUCAGCGAUCCAUGCUCCCAGUGGAGCAACGUCAACAUCGUAAGACCCGGCCCCCAAGCCGAGAAGUUCCGCAGAUACAUGGACCGGAUCCUGGAAGAAUCCAAGUCAAGCAACAGCUCAUGCGCGCAAUAGCAGCACUGAACCGCGAGGCUGCAUGCACUUUCCGGCAGUCGAGCGCGUCUCAUUUUGCACAGAUCGAGUGGCUCUCCACGUGUUCAGAACUCCGGCAUUUCCGCCUCCCGUGGGAGCAUUUUUGCUGCAGCUGGGUUGUGCGCACAGGGCCAAGGUGAGGGGCGUGCCUAUUCUUUCAAGAUUUUUUGGUGACUCUGAUGGCUUCAAGUGCUCACUGCUCCCAGCAUUGUUGGAGGCCAGGGAGCUUUCGGUGGGGGAUUUUACCUGAGCUUGUAGGGAGUGUAAUUAGUAGCGAUCAGUCGAACGACCUUGUGAGGAUGUUUAUAGAACCUUUGGUGGAAUUCUUGGUGCUCCCAUACGGAAUUGAAUCGAGAGGCAGGCAAAAAAACAUGAAGGGUGGGGAAUUUUGUUGGCCUUGUGGUUGUGGAUUGGUAGCUGUUGUGGUUUACAGAAUGCUCACAGACUCUUUUUACUCCUCUCGAACUGCAGAGGAAGUUCCAAAUUUCCCAUGCAUGAUCUAUCAACCACAUUUGACA